AUGCGCGGAUUCAGUGGGAAAUUAGGGCGGUACCGACGGUGUAUGCUGCUGGUGGGGGGUGUGACUUUAGUGAAUGGGAUUCUGUCUGUGAUUCUACUGGAGCUGAUUAUCAACGGUGCGAGGUCGUGCCCCGGGGGUAACUGCCACUUGCAUGUGACCGAAGCUGAUGCGCAGCUGAAGAAUUAUGACAUCCAUUCCACCCGCCAGCUGUCGUCACGCAAGGCCCAGUUCCUCUCGGACGACGCUGAUGUGGACAAUGACCUGGACAUAGAAGCUGACGUGGACGACGGGUCUGUCGUGGACAUAGAAUUGCCCUCCCUCUCCUCCUCCUCCUCCUCCUCCUCCUCCUCCUCCUCCUCCUCCUCCUCCUCCUCCUCCUCCUCCUCCUCCUCCUCCUCCUCCUCCUCCUCCUCCUCCUCGUCUCAAGCACGAGGGAGGGGAGGGCAGGCGGGGAGAGGGGGCAAGCAAGGGAGUGAAGGAAAGCAGGGGAGGUUAGGGAAAGGAGGGAAUGUGGGAAAAGGAAGGAGGGGCGGAGCAGAGGGAAGAGAGGGAGGAGAGGGAGGGAGAAUGGGCAAUGCUAAGGCCAGAGAAGGUGUGAGAGGAGCAAGAGGCGCAGCAGGAGAGGCACGCCACGCGUUGAAAGGCAGAUCUAGUAGCUCAUCAGGGUCCGGGUCUUCCUUCUCUCGCUCCUCCUCGUCAUCAGAUGAAACUCCAGAUGAAACGCCGGAGGUUUCAUCUUCCGUGUCAUCUGACUCGCGGUUCAGCUUCUUUGCUCAUCUCGAUGCUGCCGCUGCACACCUCUCUACCACUGGCCGUAAAUCAAGCUCCGGUCGUGUUGCUUCCUCCCGCUCUCGUGUCUCCCCCAACCCUUCUAGUGUCUCCUCCCACUCUCGUGUCACCCCCUCCCCAUUUCACUCAAACCGAGCCGUCACCACACCGAGGCCUGUUGUUACAAAAGCCGUUCUUCCCUCACCUGCUGUUACCACACGUACUGUUGCCACACGUACUGUUCCUUCAGCUGCUGUUACCACGCCCGCUGUUACCACACCUACUGACCAGAAUCCCCCCUCUCCUCCCUCACCACCCCCCGUGCAACUUCUCUCCACAUCUCCGGUACUCCCCUUUCCUUCCUCCUCCCCUCCUCCCACCAUCAUUCCAGCCAAACAGACUGCCGCCCAAGAGAAACAGGCUCGUCUUCAACAGCAGCAGAGGGAAGCAGCCGCCCGGCAGAAGGAAGCAGCCGCCCAAGAAUCUGCCGCCCAGCAGCAAAAGGCUGCCGCCCAACAGAGACAAGCUGCCGCCCGAGAAGCUGCCGCCCAGCAGCAAAAGGCUGCCGCCCAACAGAGACAAGCUGCCGCCCAGCAGAAGGAAGCAGCCGCCCAGGAAGCUGCUGCCCAACAGAGACAAGCUGCCGCCCAGCAAAAGGAGGCUGCCACCAAGCAGAAGGAAGCAGCCGCCCAAAAGGAAAAGACUGCCGCCCAGGAGCAGCAAACCGUUGCCGCCCAGCAGCAACAAACAGGCCCGAAAACCCGAACCCCCAAGCCUUUUUACGAACGGAUGAGCGCCAAGUGGCACGUAACCCCUUUACCGCGCGUGCACGGCGCGUACCUGUUACAGCAGAAGCACGACUACUCAUGCGUGUUACUGGUGCAGGACCUGUGCUACCUGUUUAUGGCGGGUAAAGGGGCAUACCAUAACGCGUACACAGGUGUGUGGUUUGUGAGGGAGGCUAUGAGUGAGAAUAGCUCGGAGUUAGUGGGGCCAUACUCGCCUGACUGGAAGAAGCCAAGGGGAGCGACCAAGGGAAGCAGCAGAAGGAGGCUAUUAAGUAGUGGCGGAGGGUCAGAGCUAGUGGGGCCAUAUUCGCCUGAGGAGCAGGAGGAGCAGGAACGGCAGAGUGAGCAGAAGGUUGGGGGAGAGGGGGAGGGAGGGGAAGAGGGGGAGGAAGGGGAAGCGGGGCAGGGAGAAGUGCAUGCAAGCGAGUUUCUGAGUGAGGGUUUAGAUCACGGUGCAAGCAGGCAGAGGAGGAGGAGGCUGCUAGGAAGAGCAGCAGGAGAAGGAAGAAGCAGCGGAGGUGGCUGGUUCAGCCGUUUUGCUGGGCUCAAAGAGGGGAAGGCAGGAGCCGGAGGGUUCAUGAAUACAGGCCACUACCGGGACCUGUCUAAGCUAGAUCUAGGCAAGAGCAUGUGCUCUGUUUUCAAGCCUGGGAAAGACCUUGAUACCACUCCCCUUUUCUCCGAUUCCCACGAUCUCCCAAUCCUGAAGCUCCGGCAGAAUAAAACGUACGGGAGAUUUUUGGGGCACCCCGCGCUCGGGCAGUUCAUCUCGGAGAGCAGCUCGACUGCCCGGAAAAAGCUGCGGAAGAACAACCCGAACGAUUUUCGGCGGCGGGUGGGGAUAGUCGGGAGGUACGACACGCACAUCGGGCAUUUCGGCGAAUCAGCUGUCGCCAUGUGGGAAGUGUCCCGGCAUUUUCCAAGGGAGGGGCCAUUGGGGGAGGACGAGGAGGCUGAGUGGGGGGAUGCCAAGGUGGGAGGGCCUAGGGCAUUGGGGGAGAAGUGGAGUGAGAAGGAGAGGUCUAGGAGGCGGCAGCGGUGGAGGAGGAGGGAGAAGGAGGGAGCGGAGCUCUCGCUGUUCUUCCCUAGUGAGAAGACGAUCAGGAGCAAAUGGACGGCUGGAAUCGCUCAGAUGCUUUUUGGGCCAGCUUCGGAGGUUUUAGCCGGGCACAGGGAGGGGCGGCCUGUGUGCUUUGAUCAGGUGGCGUUUGUGCUGAAUGCUCGGCAUUUAAACUCGUCCACACAGGGGUUUAAGGAGGACGCUUGGGGUCUGGCAGAGGUGGCUGCUAAGGUGUUUCAGCGGAGGGAGGAGAACGGGGUGACAGGGGAUGGGAACGGGGAUUUCGAGGUUGAGGAGGAGAUGGAGAUGGGGGAGGAGGAGCAGGAGAAGCAGAGGAGGAGAGACGAAGCCGGUUCGGCGAGUAAAACCAAGGAGAGCCGAGAGGAGAGUGAGAAGAGGUUUCGGGAGGAGGCGAUUCAGCGAGAGAGAACGCACGCACUCGCACGUGUGGUGAUACGGCAGGGAGACGAGGUUUUGAACGCGGCUUUAAGGGGGCACGACUUUGAGAGAAAGCUGGAAGUGACGGUGGUGGAGAGGGAGGAGCAGCGCACAGUGAGCAACAUGGGGGAGGUGGCGUGGCAUGUGAAGGACCUCUUUCCCCGCCACGUCACCAACCAGUACCACCUUGCUGACUCACCACUGCUCGAGCAGAUGGCACUGUUUCAGGUGGGUUCUCAGGUGCUCUGCUUUGUCAGGUGGUCUUCAGGUGCGGGUUCAGGUAGGAAGGUCACUGUUUCAUGUGGGCAAAAAGAGGUGACGGUGGUGGAGAGGGAGGAGCAGCGCACAGUGUUGCUCGAGCAGAUGGCUCUGUUUCAGGUGGGUUCUCAGGUGCCGUAUCAGACGGGGAAGGUGGGGUUGAUGGUAGUGAAGAGGGAGGAGCAGCGCACAGUGUGCAACAUGGGGGAGGUGGCGUGGCAUGUGAAGGACCUCUUUCCCCGCCACGUCACCAUCCAGUACCACCACCUUGCCGACUCGCCCCUGCUUGAGCAGAUGGCACUGUUUCAGCACACGGCGCUGUUCAUCAGCAUGCACGGCGCCUCCCUCAGCAACCUCAUCUUCCUCCCGCCAGGCAGCACCCACACGGCGCUGUUCAUCAGCAUGCAUGGCGCCUCCCUCAGCAACCUCAUCUUCCUCCCCCCAGGCAGCACCGUGCUCGAGCUCUUCCCUUUCAAGUUCCACUCCGAUGCAUACAAGAACCUCGCCCUGCGCAACGGAAUCAACUACUUCAUGUGGGAGAACACCCACCCGGAAGCUUCCUCCUACACCGACGAUUGCUUAGCUAAGGGCGGGUGGGAGAAUCUGGAGGAGAAGGAGUGUCGGAACGUGAGGGGGUGUUUUCUGUGUGCGAGAGAUCAUUCGGUGACGGCGGUGAAUAUGGAGGAGCUGGAUAAGGUGCUUCUGAAGGUGCAGAGAGCGGUGCGGAGGUUUCUGCAUGAAGAGAGCUUGAAGAAGCUGCAUGGGAGCACAGCAGCAAUAGCUACUGGUUAG